AUGGCCCACCUCUGCGCGGCCCGCGCGAAAUUUGUAUCCCGCUAUUUCUGGCCACUUGCUUUCGGGGAAGCAUUGACGGGUGUAAGGGAAGCAAGGAGUACCCGCCGUGACCAAGCUGCAGCGAGGAGCCUGCUCGCGCGCGGAGGGCCAGGAAACCACAGCUCCUCGGUACCAGAUGCUGCAGCUGUGCUGACCGGCUGCGUGGCUGCCCACUGCGGCAACACGACUAAGUCUGGGAAGUCACAGUUUCGCUUCCCUGAAGACCUGGCUGUGCAGGGCCGCCGCUCCGGUUGGUGGGGUGGCAAUGAUUGCUCUAUUAUCUACUCUGAUCACUCCGCCCCGGCUUGUUUUGACCUCUCGUCUGUUGUCCAGAAAAACCUACCCUUCGCCCAGUGCCUGAGGUUCUUGGCGGAUGCCGUGCCCACCUUGCAUCAGGUGCCCGCCCUAGCACCUAAAGGGAAAGAAGAGGCAGACCAAGCGGUCAGCCUGGAAAAGGGAAGAAAACCUCAGGCAACCAGGCAUUCUGAGGCUACCCAGGGUCCAUCCUCCUGUACUAUCCUCCUCCAGGCCAGGAGGAGGGCUGCGGCUUAA